GUUAAUACUAAGCGAAGAGGCGUGGUUUGGCGAAAUAGUCAACUGUAGAGGGGAAAAAACUACCAAGACAUUCACUGACAAGUCAUGCUGCCAGUGUUGGACAAGCGCCACAUUUGUUGGUUGCAUGGUCACGCGUGGAGGCUGGUGUGGUAGGCGCGCCCACCUGGGGAGGACGGGGGGUUGACUUUUGUGCGAUCGCCUCUUCAGCCUCGCCUCGGCCGCGGGGAGGUUUGAGAUUCGGGGAGCCGAAGACGAGCCCAUUCAUAGGAUCGGGUGGCUUAAGAGGUGAACGGGCGGACGGAAUCAAGACGAAAAUGUGGAUCAAAUAAAGUCAUCUCGGGUGACUGCUCGGUCAGGAUUGUGGAGGCUUUACGUAACGCUUUGUUUGGAGGCAUUGCGGGUUCCGAGCGCUUUAAUCACAGCCUGGAAUCACAGGUGGCAGAAAGACACAAAAGACAGAAGUUUGUCCUCCCCCAGAAUGAUCAGUACGGACAACAUCCUCCAUUACAAGUGACAUCAGGAUGACCGAGAGUCAAGUACCGGGAGGAGGAGUUGCCGCGAUCGAGGCCGAUGUCAUCCGCCACACGGUCAACCCCGUGGCAAGCCCCGACAAGACCAGGGAUUUGCAUACAGGUUUUGUCCAAGGGUUCUUGGGGGACGAACCAGACUUCACCCUCCCUACGGUGCUUGAGAAAGAAUAUCUGCUGGAUGGAAGACUGAUAACUGAAAACUAUGCUAACGAUUGUCAAAAAGGUAACGGCUCAUACAUGGCGGCUGCAAAUAAGUUUCAUCUCUCCAAAGAAAAGGUGAACUCGAGCGCGCCCCACGUGCAAUCCAACUGUGCAAGCAGUCAAAUCCCCAACGGCGCAAGAGCGAAAGAGUUACGCGUCGCUGAUACGAAACCGGCAACGGAUCAAUCGGACCCAUCGUGCAAUCCAGAGGGCGGCUCAGAUGCGGUCGAUUCAUUGUCCGGUAGAACCGAACCUGAUUUAGUCAUCGAAGUUGGCGGACAGACGAUCAACGCUCACAAGUCGGUCCUGGCAGAAAAGAGCGACUACUUCAAAGCUCGGCUGUCGCGCGACAUCCUCAAAGUGAAGGGCUUGAGCUAUAAGACUUUGUCCACCUUAAUUGACUACGUUUACACUUCCCAGAUGAAUGUUUCGAAGGACAAUAUCGUGGAUGUCAUCACGGGGGCCAAAAUCCUCCAGAUCCCUUGCGCCGUGCAGGCAGCCAUGGACCGCAUGACGGAACAAAUCACUGCGGGCAACUGCUACGAGAUUCUGAGUAUCGCCAAAAAGCAGCGACUCAGUGAACUGAAGGAGACCGCUUACGCUUUCAUGAGCGACAACUUCCUGCAGAUCCUCAAGGACCCCUGCGUGUACGGGCGUCUGACCGGGUCCGAGCGCGAUCUGGUCCUGAAGAAGAGAAUGGACGGGAGGAAGACUCUCAUGGCCGCCGAGAUCAACGACGUGUUUGAACGCGUCGGGAGCCGGCCGCCGAGCCGCUGCGGGAGCCGUCCCCAGAGCCCCUUGUCCGUGGGGUCUCUGGAGGAAAGUCACACGAUCUACUCAUUCAGCCAAGCGGCCAACGAUUGGAACGCUUUGACGACCAUGCCAGAGGACGUCAAUACAAAAGGCUGCGGGAUCUGCACAAUGUACAACUACCUGUUUGUGGCAGGGGGGAUAAGAGGCUACGGGGACAAGGGGAGGGUAUCGGACAAGGUCUUCUGUUACAACCCCAAAACAAACCACUGGGCAGAGAUCCGACCCAUGACGCAGGCCCGUGCCCAACUGAAGCUGGUGUCCAUGGAUGGGUACCUGUACGCUAUCGGAGGGGAGUGUUUGUUUACCGUCGAAAAAUAUGACCCUCGCAUGGACCGCUGGACCGCCGUGGCCCCUUUGCCGAAGGGGGCCUUCGCCGUAGCUCACGAGGCCACGACCUGCAACGGGGAGCUUUACGUGUCCGGGGGCUCGCUCUUCUAUCGCCUCCUCAAGUACGACGCCAAGAGGGACGAGUGGCAAGAGUGCCCGUACAACAACAGCAGGAAAAAGUCGACCGAUAUGGUGGCGCUGAAGAGCUUCAUCUACCGCUUCGACGUGACCCGCGAGCAGGGGAUCAACGUGUUCAAGUACAACAGCAUCGUGAAAAUGUGGCACGAUUGCGCCUCGCAAAGGCUCGGCAGCUCGUUGCCGUUUCGCUGCGUCGUGGUCGGCGACUGCAUCUACUGUGUUAACAAAAGCCAGACUCUUCAGUUCGUGGUGGAGGAGGAGAACGCCUUCUUUGUGGAGGAGCCGCUGAGGGCGCCUCUCGAAGCCAAAGGCCUUCUUUUCCCUUUUGUGCUUACGUUGCCUGAAAAGCCUGAGAAAGUUCCGCCCGGGUGCAAUCCAGCGUUACAAAACUAGAACGCAGACCAGCGUAUUCGCUGUCUCUCGUGUGUCAGCUGUCUGUAUUAGUGUGUCGUCGCCCGUUUGCAAAAGAAUGUGCGCAUUGCAUGGCAAGUUAAUGUGUUUGCGGAGACGAGCCUUAAAAAGGGAACAUUCGGUGUUGAGUGAAUGUAACGAUAUUCGUAUGAUGGAAGUGACAGUAGAUUAGUACAAAGUACUCCUGGCUGGUGUUGUUUGGUGCACUUUUGUAUUUAGAUCGUAUAUUAAUUACACCACUGGGGCUUAUCGACAUUUUGUUGCAAAAUGUGCAGAUGAAUGAUGCGAGCUGGCUUCGAUACAAAAGAGACAGCCGGAGGGCUUCACUAUUGAUGACUGGAAUGUCAGUGAAUGGAUUCAGAGCAGUAUUUUUUACAAACUUAAGGUUCGAUGUGAGUGAGCGGGAGGCAAUCCCAGCCGUUUUUGGGGUGAGAGAUGCACCAGCCAAUUGCAGAGGUCACAUUAUCAACAUUGGCACAAGCUGAUAUUAAACACACGGAUACAAAGUAUUUCUAAAUGAUUGUUAAAAUGUCACCUUUUAUGCACAUUCAAAUUCCCAUUCAUU